GGCAAAAGGGUGGGCAUGCACCCAACAACAACACAGAUACAGAGGACGGAAGUGCAGGUUUAAUGCAUCCAUCGCUCGCUACUCGUUGUGCCAUUGCCCAUAUGAGAAUCACGGAAAUCAUGUGCGAAUCAUGCUGGGACAGGGAUGCCAAUGACGUCUACCAGGUACCUACUGGGUAACUACUACGAGUAAGAGUCCUCAGUCCUCCGUACAUGUGGCUUGCUGUGGUCAUCGUUUGGCCUUAUCUUCUUUCAUCGAGAUCUUGACUCAGCACGACAGGGUGACACGGAUGAGUACACACAACCAGUGCAUCAUCUGCUUAAAUUCUUCUCUUCACACACAGGUAAUUUAAAAAUUCCAACCCUUCAUCCUCAUCUCCUCAUACUCACUCGCUCCCUUCCACCACUCAUCCAUCCUUACUACACCUCGAGAUGGUCAACGCAAAGCUACCUGUCGACCUUUCCAAGUUCAAGAAACUCUCCCUCGACCCUCGAAAUCCCAAACUCGAUCCCCAACAGAAAAAAGAUCUCCAGCAUAACAUUGGAAUCUUUCGAGAUGCCAUCGUCGCUUUCACAGCCACCGGUGCCGCACGCGGAGUGGCCGGUCACACAGGCGGACCCUUUGAUACUGCUCCCGAAGUGUGCAUCCUAACUGCCAUGAUGAAUGGAAAUCCGGAUAGAUUCGUCGAUGCUCUCUUUGACGAAGCAGGUCACCGUGUCGCAACUCAAUACCUUCUCGCUGCCAUCAAUGGAGACAUCGAUCCUGACCACCUGCUAGACUACCGCGCAGCUGGCUCUAAGCUUCCCGGACACCCUGAGUUGGGCUUGACCCCCGGUAUCAAAUUCAGCUCCGGGCGUCUUGGCCACAUGUGGGCUAUGGCGAAUGGCAUCGCUAUGAAGAACAAGGAUAAAACUGUCCUGCUGCUUGGCUCUGAUGGUUCUCAGCAGGAGGGAAAUGACGCAGAAGCUGCUCGUAUUGCUGCGGCUAGGAAUCUGAAUGUCAAGGUGUUUGUCGACAACAACGAUGUCACGAUCGCCGGAAAGCCCUCGGAAUAUCUCAAGGGCUAUGAAAUCGGUCGCACCUUGGCAGGACACGGCUUGCAUGUUGUUCGUGCAGACGGAGAGGAUCUGGACUCGCUCUACCCCAAAAUUUGCGAGGUUCUGAACCAUGAUGGCCCUGCUGCUCUCAUUAGUGACCGCAAGAUGGCUCCACACAUUGAAGGCCUGGAGGGCCAGAUCAAGGCGCACGAUGUCAUUCCUGUUGACAUUGCCCGCAAGUACCUCACCAACAAAGGCUAUACUCAGGAGCAGCUGGCAUUCUACGACGAAAUCAAACCGAGAAGCAACCCUUGGAAAUAUCGAGGAUCUUCAAAGGACAAAGUGGCCAACCGUAUGGUCUUCGGCGAGGCAGUCAAUAUGGUCCUUGACGGUCUCAGCAAAGACGAAGCUGCUCGUCGUGUCAUGGUUAUCGACUCGGAUCUGGAGGGCUCCACGGGUCUGAAAGCCAUCCAUCAGAAACAUCCAGAAGUUUUCGUCCCGUCUGGCGUCAUGGAGCGAGGAAACUUCUCAGCCGCCGCCGGUUUUGGUUUUGGUAGUGACGGCUCAGUCCAGGGUGUCUUCUCAACCUUCUCAGCUUUCCUUGAGAUGAUCGUUUCCGAAGUCACCAUGGCUCGUUUGAAUGACUGCACUGUUCUCUCCCAUUUUUCCCACAGUGGAGUGGAUGAGAUCGCCGACAACACUUGCCAUUUCGGCCUGAACCACUUUUUCGCCGACAAUGGCCUCAUGGACGCCGAGAGCACGACCUUGUAUUUCCCUGCUGAUGGUGAGCAGAUGAAGGCAGUCGUUCAAAAGGUGUUUUUCCAGAAAGGUCUGAGAUUUAUCUUCUCGACCCGCUCGAAACUGCCCUACAUCUACAAGGAAGGUACCGAGGAUCUCCUAUACGGUGACGAUUACGAGUUUGUUCCUGGAAAGGACGAAUUCCUCCGUAAGGGAUCUGCCGGAUACGUUGUCACCUAUGGAGACAUGGUGUACCGCUCUUUGGACGCCGUUGAGCGGCUCCGAGAGGAAGGUCUAGAUGUUGGUCUCGUCAACAAACCCACUCUCAACACUGUGGAUGAAGAGUCGAUCAAGAUCUACGGUUCGACCGGCUUCGUGCUCGUGGUUGAAUCCAUUGCCCAGAAGACUGGUCUCGGCUCUCGUAUGGGUACCCAUUUGCUCGAGCGCAAGCUUACUCCGAACUAUCUCAGUAUGGGCGCAAGGAAAGAGGGCAGUGGUGGUUUGUAUGAGCAGGUCAACGAGCAGGGUCUGGGUCCGGAUGACAUUGUGGCAGCCAUUCGAAAGGUUGCUGGUAAAUAAAGCCUGGUCUUCUUGACUCGAAUGUCGUUAUUACUCUAAUAUGAUAUAGAAAUCAGCGACAUCCGCGUAUUUGUCAUAUAGUAAUUGAUUGAGUGAUUCUCUAAGA